AAAAAAAAAGUUGUUUGACUGACAUGUCUCUCGCCUUGGGGGUUAGUCGAAGAAAUUGCAAAGAACGAGAAGGGAAUCCGCCGAUUCAACUCGGCGUGCUCGAGAUGGCGGGUUGUUGGAAGCGAGGCGAUUUCGAACCGUGAAAUUGACGGAAAGCGAUUCAAAUUCCUCUCGGCCUCGAUUACUAGGAAUAUCUGCCUUAGUUCUGCGUUUUAGGUUUGCUUGGAUUGGGAAAUCUAGCAAUGGAGGAGGAAAGUUGUUCGAUCUCCAAAGCAGUGGCAGUAACAGCCUGCACGGCCAUGGCUUUGUUCUACGUCGCCGUUCUCUAUGCUCCUACUUUGAUUCUUCGUCUACCGCCUCCUACUUCUCUUCAAGUUUACAUGACUCGACGAUUUCUGUGCGCCUUCAUUUCCACCGCCGUCUCAGUCCUCGUCUGCGUUCUAAUCCUUCCUACAAGAAAAAUGGAUUUUUCACUUUUAUUAGCAGCUUAUGGCAUCCGAGCAGAUCAUAUUUGGCAAGCUGUGGUCUUUCCUCUUUCAUUGACUUCUUUAAUGUACCUUGGAUCAAUGGCCUUAAAGUCUUUGUUAUUGGUGGAUUCAUGGGGAGAACAUAUGUAUCACGGAGAAGGCUCCCUUUUGGACAGUGCCAUAUUUUUUUGGACAAGAUUUCUUGAUUGGGUGCUAUUAACGGUCUCAAAUGUUUUAGCUUGGAGAAAUUAUGUUGUGGCUCCACUAACUGAGGAGUUGGUGUUUAGAGCAUGCAUGAUACCAGUUCUUCUAUCUGGGGGAUUUAAACCAACCACUGUGAUAUUUCUCUGCCCCAUUCUUUUCAGUCUGGCACAUUUAAACCACUUUAUGGAGUACUAUGACAAGCAGAACAACAACUUAACCAAAACAGUUAUGGUUGUAGGUCUCCAGCUUUGCUAUACUGUGGUAUUUGGAUCAUACGCAAGUUUUCUCUUUGUGCGAACUGGACAUCUUCUUGCUCCGUUAGUUGCUCAUGUUUUUUGCAACUUUAUGGGAUUACCUGUGCUUUUUUCUCGAAGAAGAGGAGUGGUGAGCCUGGCAUUUGUAGUUGGAAUGGUGGGGUUCCUAUGGCUUCUUUUUCCCAUGACAAGUCCACAUUUGUUUAACGAGAAAACAAAUAACUGCAGAUGUUGGCAUGGACACUGUUCUUGGAACUAGACUGAAAAAUCUUAGAUUAGAGAGACGGUUGGGAAGAAGAGAGAGAAAGAGAGAGAGAAGUAGAAGAAGGAAUGUUCCUUUAUUGAGCAAUGUACGAAGGCUGUUUAGUGAGUAGAAAACCUGUGAAUAUAUCUUCUCUUGUUUGCGAGUUGCAACAAGAAUUAGAAAACACAAAGCGAUUUGAAUGGUUAAUAGACAUUAUUGAUUGUUGUUUGAAUGAAGGUGUUAGGCAGCCAAGGAUGUUGUUUUGGACCAAAGCAAUAAAAAAUGCUUGCAUACUGAACCA